AUGGAGUACCGCCGACGACAAUAUCUCCACUUGCUUCUUCAGGUGAUCCUGCUUACCGCGAAUUGCCUCGCGGAAAAUCUGACCCUUACUGUAAACUUCAAGAGGCGAAUCUGCGUGACCGACAACGCGUUUCUCAGUCUCACCCUGGAUCCGGCGACGUUAACAAGCACCACCGACGUUCUCAUCAAGAACAUUGAGAGAUACACGAACAUGGUGCGAGGCUUGGCACCCGCCUAUGUCCGUUUUGGUGGGCCAGGAAGUAACUCCUACGACGGAGUCGACGUUGAUCCAAACGGCAUGCUUUUCGAGACUCACUCGAUAUUGAUACAUCGGUGGGCGGAAGACGCCGGAUUGGACAUAAUCGCGUGCAUCUCCCCGAGCUACGUCGCGGACAAGUCGGGAACAUAUUCGUGGGAGUCGACGAACCUGGCGCAACUGCUUUCCUUCAACGAUCGUAUGGGUCACAACGCCAGUUGGCAAUUGGGUUACGAAUGCCAAACGAGAUGCGAUCUGUCGGGCGGUAAUCUGGGACGAUACGUCGCGAAUCUACGCGAAACGCUGAAAACCUAUCCGAGGUAUUCCGACAGUCUGAUCACGGGCCCGGAUAUCGUGGAGUACAGGACGGCACGGCAACGGGAAUACCUUCGGGAUUACCUGAGCACGGCGGGCGACGCUCUCUCGGCGAUCACGUGGCAUCCCGACUUCGCCAGCGUCACUGUAAACGGUAACGACAUUUCCGUGCAUCCUGACAAUAUCGCCGCUGAAAAGGACGAGUUGUACAAAGUCAUCGGUCAUAUUGCGGGAGACAAGCCGCUGUGGAUCGCGGAAUCAAAGCCGGAAGAAUGCAAGCAUAAAUAUAUGGGAGCACUUACAUGGACGAGGAGACUCGGGAAUGCCGCGAAGCUCGGUGUACAAGUUGUGAUGAGGCAAUUCCUGGAAUUUAGUAGAGCGACUCCCGACUACUGGGUGUCUUUAUUGCAUAAGGCUCUUGUGGGACCCGAAGUUUUGGAGGCGAAAAUUCAAUCCGACGACGAGAGCCACGCGCACUUCUACAGCCAAUGCACGAGACCGUCCGCGCUAUACGAGAAAGGCGCACUCACCAUUUUCGGGGUGAACUUAAUGCCGAGAGAAAUGACCGUCGGUCUGAAGGAUUUCAAGAUCAAAACUCUCCACAAAUAUAUUCUGUCACCGGACAUGUCUGCGACAGGCAAUAAAAUGUUUGCAGAGAACGUCUUAUUGAACGGAAAACUGCUCGGCUUAAUGGACGGCAUGAAGCUGCCCGAUUUAAAUCCAGAUAUCGAUACCAACCCUGACGGUCUCAGACUAAAGCUCGCUCCUGGUAAUAUAGGUUUUUGGGUCAUACCCAAUGCGAAGGUAAAAGCUUGCACACACGAAGAAGAGGAGACAACCGAGGACAUUGCGGCGAAAAAAUUGUCGAAACGACAUGCAAACGUCAUUCGACAAAUCAACAAAGAGGAAGCACAGGAGGAAGAAAAUAUAAAUCCAUCUAAUUUAGAAAACCAAGAGCUUCACGCGGAGCAAGAAACAACAAAACGGAGAAACGACAGAACUGAUGUUCGAAGGAAGAUCUUGAAAGCUAAAUUAUAUAGGAGAAUUAAAAGACUUUUGCCGAAGAGAAUACAACAGCAGAAAGAGAAUGACGAAAUUGCGAAUUUGCAAAGACCGUUCACGAUUAUUUUCGCGAGAGAACGAAAUAAUUCACCGGAACAGACAGAAAGACAACAUAAUUUAGACAAUGGGCAUUUCGAAGAAACGGAAAAAUCUGACGACAAAGCGGAAAUUAACCAAGAGGAUAUUCAAGACACAUUGAAAAGAUAUAAACACGGUCUGCUGAAAAGAAAAACUCGAACCGAAGCGGAACACUUUUUCAGACCGAAAAUGCGGGAUGUUAACAAAGCUGCAGAGCUGAUAUCAAAGAUCGAAGCCUUGCUUCAACAUGAGAAGGAAGUCACGAACAGGAAAAGAUACCGAAGAGAUCUGAACAAGAGAUCAGAGGAUCCAAGAAAGGAUGUACUUGUGAGGCACUCGAGAACGGACGAUUUAAAAGAUCGUAUUAAACGAAAAAUGAGGCGAAGGAUUGAUGACAGGAAGGAGACGUCACUAAUCACGUCCGAUCUGAGGAAUUUUGACGACAGCAAGAGUAACCUUCACGGUUUGCUUCGACGUCCUUUGAGAAGAUUCCUCCGAGGCAACGGCCAUCGUGGCGACCCUCAGCACUCAGCGUCCAGCAUUCAGGAACACGGAAGAGCGACAAGAGACGUGAACAGGAUAUUAACCGAGAUAGGUCCGGGGAGGCACGCUAUCCUCAGGAAGCGUUCGAGGAUCGUCGAUGUGAGAGAUCACAUGAACGAGAGGAAGUCAAAGCGGAAGGACGACUUCAAACGGGAAGGAUUGUUGAGCUCGCUUAAUCCGAGGAUUACAGACAGCGGCGAGAGCGGAUUCUACGGCUUCCUCCGACGAGAUCCUAUCAGGGGAUUCCCCGAAGGCGACGUUUUUGUCACCAUAGGUGACUCAGGCGAACAAAGUAGCCAAGAUUACGACUACGUGGAGGAGGACGAGGAUGACUCGAGGAGGAAAGACGACCAACAGCACGAACCAGAAUCGACGGUCGAUGACGUGUCUUGGAUGAAGAUCGACGAUGAUCAACGCGAUUACACGCCGAACGAAUUCUUCGAGAUUGUCAAUCUGCGGAGCGCGAAGAUCUUCGAGGGCGCGAAGAACUAUGACGACCUGUGCGAGGCGGAGUUUGUCCUUGGCGAACAAGAAAAUAACGAGGAUAACGACAAUGGCUCGACCGUUGCAGGUAUUGCACAACUUGAUGAGGGGGAUAAGAGAGUUCAAGAGAGAAGCAUGCAACAACCAAUGAACUAUCACGGCAAUCCCGAAGAGGAGGAAUACAAUCAGGAUGUUAAUUACGAAGCACCUGGAUCUCAUUCGGGACCGUCGACGCCUCUUCAUCAACUGACUGAAAUUCCACGAAAUACGAAAUACGAUUUCACUAAUUAUCGAGCGUCAGACGCCAGCAUCGAAGUCACCAAACAGAAGCUGGAGUCAGAACCGGGGUUUUCGAGCUUCUUUUACCAACCUGCUCUGGUCUCCCCUGCGAAACACGAUUACAACAAUUUCCAAGCUACAAACGUAAAACCUGAUUUUGAGUAUAUAGCACAUCCUAACAACGAUAGAGUUGUUGUCUACCAUAGAAGAGACAAGAGAAGCGACACGAAGGAGCUGCAAGGGCUGUUCUCCGAAGAGAUGAUCAAGGAGGACGCAAACAACACCAAGGAUUGCCAGUGCAGAGUUACCCGAGCUCCUAAAAAGGAAGCUGCAGACGCGGAGGCAGAAGCGAGCCCGGACUUUGCGCGACCCUCGAGAAACAUGCCGCGUCCUAUAAUGAAAGAGAAGUUUGACAGAAUCAUGACGGGGGAGAUGCUUUCGAGCACGAGCGAGACUGACUCCGAUUACGACAAACGUGAUGCGGAAACCGUAACCGUAGGAUCGAACCGAUCGCAUCGCAGAUUCACUGAAGCGAUGCGGACGAUGGACGAAGCCAAGUCGUCAGCGACGCCUGCUUCGGGAACGAGCGAUCUCUCCGCGCAACGAAUCACGGAGGAGCAAACGUUUUUUCGUGCCCAAUCAUCAACCGCGCCGACGGAAAUCGAGGAAGCGACGUAUGAUCCUGAGGCUGCUCUUGAGGUUCCUUCACGCAAUAAGGAGAAUCGGCAACAACUUGCUACAUCCGAGGCUACACGGCAAACAUCAACCUAUCUUUACGAGGAGACACAAUUCAAGGAGGGGACCCGACAGAAAUUAACUGAUGCCGUCACCAAGGGCGAGAAAGCGAAAAGAAAAAGAUCCGACGACCGUGAAGGCAGCUCGAAGCCAGAAGAAGAAAUGACGAAAAGGAUCGCCGAAGAGAGCACGACGGAAACGUCGAAGCUGGGAGCGCACAAAACGACCGACUCGAAAGCGAACAGAUCCAAAUCCAGAAAAUUACCCAAGGAGUCCGGACAAGACGAGGACGGUCCGAGUCCGAGCGAAAAAUGUGAAGAUCGAGCACGGGCUAAGGAAAAGAACGACCUGAAGAGAGUAACGUCCCAAAUACAGAACAUGCCGAAGUCACGGUUGAGAGACAUCGUUAGAUACGAGGAAUACCUGGUGAGACGCGCCGAACAGGCCCGAAAGCUGAAGGAGAGGCUGAAGGCGAGACGAGAGAGGCGUCGCAACGACCCGGCGAGGAUCGCCGAAGAACAGACGCGGAAUCUCAGGAGGAGAGAGGUGUGGGAGAAAUUUUGCGAGAACGACGACUUCUGUCGGCUGUUCGACCAAGGGAAGCCACUUCGCUUUCUAAAGGACGAAGUCGAGGCCCGCGUAGAUGUCGACGACGACGACAACGAUGGUGAUUAUGACGUUAAACACGAGGAGGACGGGCUCGUUAAUUCGCAUUACCGCUUCCUCCGGCAUCCAAAAGUCAUCGGGAUCGAACGGGAACCUGCAACAUCGUCCACACCUUCGAGUCGCAGGAUAUUCGCGAUGGAUCCUUCGACGUAUCACGGCGACGAGCCGGUUUUGGAGCUGCACAAGGAAUACCUGGACCUUCCUCCUCCGAAAUACUCGUCGAAGACCAAAUCCGAGACUCAGGCUCCGAAAUGGACGCUGAAAGACUUUUAUCAAACUCUACCAAAGGUUUACGGGAACCAGCAGAGUACUUCCAAGCCCUACGACAAUUAUUACCGUCGAGAUUACGCGAGGAAAUCGCAGGUUAAGGACGCUCACGAGCGAGGAAACGCAGUCGUCCUUUACGUUCUGGAUAAGCACCGACAAUAUGACACGGCGGAAGAACUCGCAGAUUCACUCUCGCGAAUCUACCUGAGCGCUCUUAACCGGCGAGAUAUCAAUCGAGCUGCGAAAGGUGAGACGACGAGCGACUUGAACAGAUUCGGCGAUUCGGCAUCCGCGCUUAAAACAGCCAGAAAAGUCAGUCUGUCAAAGAAGAUUAACGAAGAAGACACGGGGACCGAAAGAUACGCACAACAUGAGGAAGUUGACAGUCGCUAUGAUGAAAACGUUGGAGAGGAAAAUAAUAGAUCCAACGAGAUGAACGAUGAGGUUGAAGACGAUACAGAUGUGUCUAAUACGAAAGCCCGAAAUGUUGAAGAAGAAAUUGUCGACGGCGGCGGUUCUGAGGCAAGCGGACUUCUCGAUACUUCGAACAUAUCUCCUCGUAGUCGAAGGAACACCGAAGAACAAACGGCCGACAAGCAUCUACAGCGAACACGACUAAGCAGAGCAGAUGCGAAAACCGAAUCCGAUCGAAAUAGGUAUAUCUGCAUGGAGGAAGAGGAUUCCGAGGAGAUAUCCAGCGAACAGUCGAUACCGCUUUAUCAGUUGACGAGACUUUCGUCGGAUGCGGUUCUGUCUCGCAAAUCGAAGAACUACGCGACUUCCUCAAAUAGAAACUCUGAUCAGGAAGAGGAACGACAGGGAGAGGAACGGUCGCCGAGAUAUGUGAUUCUUAUGCCCGAUAAAAUCAAAGACGUUCGUUCGUAUGAGACGUUAGGAGCGAAGAAUCCGGAAAGAUUCUCGGAACGUUUCGGGGUUUCGAGUUGGCUCGAUCGAUAUCUACCGAGAAGAAUAACAAACGCGAUGAUCAGAUAUUUGAAUGAUGUAUCUUCGGACGAACCCGAUUACGAGGAUCCCUUGGAUUUGCCGAGCGGAAGUGCCGAGGAGACCUCGGACGAAGACAUUUCGUAUUCAUCGGAUUAUUCGGGUGUAAGCAGUGAGAGCAGGCGGAAAGUUCCCAGAAAUGUCGCGGACGAGGUCGAUCACGAAUCGAAAGAAGAAGAUCAACAGAAAACGAAAAGACAACGAAGACAAGCCGAAAUCGAUACGCUGGAGACAAGCGAAUCCGUUCUGACUGAAGGCGCGGCUAAAAAUGAAAACGACAAGUAUUAUUUACAACGAAACAGUAUGAAUGAAAAGGGUACGACGAAAACGGAUCAUCUGCACUCCGAAAAGGACGGAAAAAUUUACGGUGACUUUCUCGAGGAUUUAGUGAAAUCCCAGAAGAAAUAUAUUAUUUCCACGGAAGAUAAAGGGAACAAUGAAAGUUUAGAAAAUGGCAUUACGAAGAGCGACAAGAAGUUGCCGUCUUUCAUGGAAGAAACGAUUCCGAAAUUACAAGGCGUUAUUAUUGAUGGUUUAGAAAAGGCAAAAGAUCUCACCGAUUCUGUAGAACAAUUUGUCAAUAAUUUCGAGGAGAACUUCAAUGAGACUUCGGUAGCGGACGAAGAGACAAGUUCGACAAAUAAAAUUUCUGAGAGUACCGACAAUCCUUUCCAUCUUGCGAUUAUGAAUAUAAAGAAAUUGUUUACGCUUUUCACAGGAAUCCUGCAUGCAUAA